AUGACGAAGAAUGACGCUUUAAUCCAAAGCCAAAAAGCAACACUGAAAAAUUUGGAGAACCAAAUGGGUCAAUUAGCUGUCGAACUUCAUAACCGAUCGCAAGGAGCCUUACCGAGUGAUAUAGAAAAUAUAAGCAAUUUGGGAAAGGAACAUUACAAAGUAGUUGACUUACGAAGUGGUAAGACUUUGGAACCCAAGGAGGUUGUGAUUGAAGAUGAACGCAUUGAGAAGGAGGGAAGUCAACCAACAGUUGAAAUUCCUACACCAGUUGAGCUAGAACUUACAAAGUCUGAUGAGGAAACAAGAGGUGCAAUUCAAGAAGUUUUUGGACGUUCUAAAGCAACUUCACAUCAACAUCCAUUGGUGGAGGCUUUAGAGAAAAUGCCCAAUUAUGUGAAGUUCAUGAAAGACAUCCUGUCCAAGAAGAAAAGACUUAAUGAGUAUGAGACUGUCGCUUUAAUGAAGGAGUGUAGUGCGUUCAUACAGAACAAGCUUCUUCCGAAACUGAAGGACCUUGGAAGCUUUACUAUAUUUUGUAAUAUCAGAGAAUCUUAA